CCAUUUCAAAAGCCGGGAUCUUGUCUCUCGUUUUUCUCUUUCUCAUCAACUCCAAAUCCACAAUGUCAACCUUCUUGUUGAGAAUCUCCAUUCUCUACAAGCUCUUGUACACAUUUUUCCAAUACUUGGCACCCAAGAAGUUAAGAACAUAUCUCCCAUUCUCACACACCGAACAACAAAAACAUAUCAACAACGAGCGUGUUUCUUCCUUUUCAUCAUCUUCCCGCCCUAGUCGAAUGGUGGAAGGCGCGGAGCUGAGCCUCGUCUUCCAGAUGUUCGAUAGGGACGGGGACGGGCGGAUCACCAAGAGCGAGCUGAGCGCCUCGUUGGAGAAGAUGGGAAUCUUCAUCCCGGGCGACGAGCUGGCUCAGAUGAUCACACGGGUGGACGUCAACGGAGACGGAUGCGUCGACAUUGACGAGUUCUCCACCUUGUACCAAACCAUAAUGGACGAGCGCAACGAGGAGGAGGAUAUGAAGGAGGCGUUUAAUGUGUUUGAUCAGAACGGUGAUGGAUUCAUCAGCGUUGAGGAGCUGGGCUCGGUGCUGGCGUCGCUCGGGCUCAGGCAAGGGAGGGGCGCGGAGGAAUGCGAGAAGAUGAUCAACAAGGUCGAUGCGGAUGGAGACGGAAGAGUGGACUUUAAUGAGUUCAAGCAGAUGAUGAAUGCAGGAAGAUUCAACUAAUGCUACUCUCUUCAAUUUCAGCAGCCUAGACUGCAUUGUAUAGGAUAUGUAUAUUGAUCACUUCACUGAGUCAAAGGGUGCGAAGGGAAUGAGGCAUUGAUCAAUGAGAAACCGUUUUCAUUCA